GCGGCGGCGGAGGCGCGGGGCGCGGGGCGCGAGCGCCUGGGUUGGCGCGCGGACGGACGAUGCCGGGGGCUGGGGCCGGGGCGGAGGAGGGCGGCGGCUGCGGCGAGGGCGCGGCCCCGGGGGCGGCAGCUGAGCCCGCGGCAGGUCCCGGGCGGGAACCGGCGCGGCUUUGCGGCUACCUCCAGAAGCUGUCGGGCAAGGGCCCGCUGCGCGGCUACCGCAGCCGCUGGUUCGUGUUUGACGCGCGCCGCUGCUACCUCUACUACUUCAAGAGCCCGCAGGACGCGCUGCCUCUCGGCCACCUGGACAUCGCGGACGCCUGCUUCAGCUACCAGGGCCCCGACGAGGUGGCGGAGCCGGGCGCCGAGCCACCCACGCACUUCCAGGUGCACAGCGCGGGAGCCGUCACGGUGCUCAAGGCUCCCAAUCGUCAGCUCAUGACUUACUGGCUACAGGAGCUUCAGCAGAAGAGAUGGGAAUAUUGCAACAAUCUCGACAUGGUCAAGUGGGACAGCAAGACGUCCCCAACUCCUGGGGAUUUUCCUAAGGGUCUGGUAGCUAGAGAUAACACAGAUUUAAUUUAUCAGCACCCUAAUGCUUCUGCAGAAACAGCCAGAAAUGUCUUGGCUGUGGAGACUGCUCCUGGAGAGCUGGUGGGAGAACAAGCUGCCAGCCAGCCCGCCCCUGGGCACCCAAAUGCUAUCAACUUUUACUCUUUGAAACAGUGGGGCAAUGAGCUCAGAAAUUCAAUGUCUUCUUUCCGUCCUGGGAGAGGACAUAAUGAUAGUCGAAGGACUGUGUUUUAUACCAGUGAAGAGUGGGAACUGUUAGAUCCAACCCCGAAGGACCUGGAAGAGUCCAUGGUACAGGAAGAAAAGAAGAAACCAACACCUGAAGGAAACAAAGGAGUAACUGGCUCAGGAUUCCCCUUUGAUUUUGGACGCAACCCCUACAAAGGAAAACGCCCUUUGAAAGAUAUAAUUGGAUCGUACAAAAACCGUCACAGCAGUGGUGACCCUGCAAUCGAGGGAACAUCAGGCAGUGGCAGCACCAACAAGCUGGCCUCCGAAAUGCAGCUGCAGGUGCAGAGCCAGCAGGAAGAGUUGGAACGGUUGAAGAAAGACCUGUCCAGUCAGAAGGAGCUUGUCCGACUGCUCCAGCAGACAGUCCGGUCAUCCCAGUAUGACAAGUACUUCACGAGCAGCCGGCUCUGCGAUGGGGUCCCGAAGGACACGCUCGAGCUUCUGCACCAGAAGGAUGACCAGAUUCUGGGCCUCACCAGUCAGCUGGAGAGGGUCAGCCUGGAAAAGGAGAGUCUUCAGCAGGAAGUGAGGACACUGAAGGGCAAAGUGGGCGAGCUCAAUGAGCAGCUGGGGAUGCUGAUGGAGACCAUCCAGGCCAAGGACGAGGUCAUCAUCAAGCUGAGCGAGUGCGAGGGCACUGCAUCUUCCCCCACCAUGGUGCCCAGCUCCCCCUCAGCCACCCCCGCCAGCAGGGACCAGCUGGAGCUGGACAGGCUGAGAGAUAGUCUACAGGGGUACAAAGCCCAAAACAAAUUUCUAAAUAAGGAGAUUUUGGAACUCUCAGCUCUACGAAGAAAUGCAGAAAGGAGAGAGAGGGAUCUGAUGGCAAAGUAUUCUAGCCUGGAAGCCAAGCUGUGCCAGAUAGAGAGUAAAUACUUGAUACUGCUCCAAGAAAUGAAGACCCCAGUGUGCUCAGAAGAACAGGGGCCUGCCCGUGAGGUCAUAGCCCAGUUGCUGGAAGACGCUCUGCAGGUAGAGAGCCAAGAGCAGCCAGAGCAAGCAUUUGUGAAGCCGCAUCUUGUGAGUGAAUAUGAUAUUUAUGGAUUUAGGACUGUACCUGAGGACGAUGAGGAGGAGAAGCUGGUCGCCAGGGUCCGCGCGUUGGACCUGAAGACGCUCCACCUCACAGAAAGCCAGGAGGUCUCCACAGGGGUCAAGUGGGAGAACUACUUUGCAAGCACAGUGAACAGGGAGAUGGUGUGCUCUCCGGAGUUAAAAAACCUGAUCCGCGCAGGCAUUCCUCAUGAGUACCGCUCCAAGGUAUGGAAGUGGUGCGUGGACCUUCACACCAGGAAGUUCAGAGAUAGCACCGAGCCUGGCCACUUCCAGACCUUGCUUCAAAAGGCACUGGAGAAACAGAACCCGGCCUCCAAGCAGAUUGAGCUGGACCUGCUGCGGACUCUACCCAACAACAAGCACUACUCCUGCCCCACCUCUGAAGGCAUACAGAAACUGCGCAAUGUCCUGCUUGCCUUCUCCUGGCGCAACCCAGACAUUGGCUACUGCCAAGGCCUGAAUAGGUUGGUGGCAGUGGCCCUCCUGUACCUGGAACAGGAAGAUGCCUUCUGGUGUCUGGUUACCAUAGUGGAAGUUUUCAUGCCUCGAGACUAUUACACAAAGACUCUUUUAGGAUCCCAGGUAGACCAGCGGGUAUUCCGAGACCUCAUGAGCGAGAAGCUGCCCCGACUGCACGCCCACUUCGAGCAGUACAAAGUCGACUACACCCUCAUAACGUUCAACUGGUUCCUGGUGGUGUUUGUGGAUAGCGUCGUUAGUGACGUUCUCUUUAAAAUAUGGGACUCUUUCCUUUACGAGGGACCAAAGGUUAUUUUUCGUUUUGCCCUGGCACUUUUUAAAUACAAGGAAGAGGAGAUCCUGAAAUUGCAAGAUUCAAUGUCCAUAUUCAAGUAUCUUCGUUACUUCACUCGUACCAUCCUUGAUGCAAGGAAGCUGAUCAGUAUCUCCUUCGGGGAUCUGAACCCCUUCCCCCUGCGCCAGAUUCGGAACCGGCGGACCUACCACUUGGAGAAGGUCCGGCUGGAGCUGACAGAGCUGGAGGCCAUCCGGGAGGACUUCCUACGUGAGCGUGACACCAGCCCUGACAAGGGUGAACUGGUCAGCGAUGAAGAGGACACCUGAGGGGAUCCUGGGAAGCUAUGCUUCUCGCCUUCACAACCAAAGUGUGCUAAAGGGUGAACUCGUUUAAAGGCCAGAAUGUCACAUCAUGGCCAGAGCCAGACUGCACUUUCUGAUCUCCCCCUGGUGGGGGGGUGUUCUGAUCUGUUCACAGCCAUUUCCGUGCCAGGGUGCCAGGCACACCAAUCAGUCAUGCUCUCUGAUUGGUGACCUGCCAGACCUACCAAUUGGCUGUUUGCAAGAGCUUGUUUAUAGCAUCUGUCCAUUGUAUUGAUGUUUUUUCCUUUGAAAACUAUGCCUUGCUAGGCAUCUCCCCACCCCCACAAUGCAGGCAGUUGUGUGCAUCUUUUAAAUGGCAGCCCUGUGGAGCAUGCCCACACAUCUGCAGCCAGAAUUUGGCUGCCUUAGGUGGCGAAGAUGAGUAUGGAAAAGGGACUUCCUCAGAGAAGCAAGCACAUCCGUGUGCAGAAGUGGCCAGUAUAGCAGGCCUGCAGGCCUCAUGCUGAAUACUUCUAGCUGCCAGCCACACUCCAUUAGCCUUCGUCCUUCUACACACAAUCCUUUCUACAGUGGCCCCCAGCCUGCUUGGGGAGGCCUAGGUAGACCGGAUUCCACCCCCACUUUCUCAUUGCCAGCCUGUGUUUGCAGACCAUUUGCAUGCUCUGCCACCUGGCACGUCUUCCCCAGGCUAUGUGGAGAUGAGCUGACUUGUAAACGUUACUCUCCAAGUCUAGAUGGGUUGUGAUUCCAAGUAAACAGUGGGUCAUCAUGCAGCAGCUGAGCAGGCCUACCCCUGGCUAGCCCUGACUAGGGGUGCUUUGCAUGGCAGGAGUGCAGCCGCUGCGUGAACACCCCUAGACAGCUGGGCACCUUGGCCUCCUCGGGGUGGCAGUGCUGGUGCUGUGCAGGAGCCAGCAGCUGCCAGAGCCUAGGGUGGGAAACUCCUUGGCUUAGGGCCAAGGCUUGGGUGAACUGUCCCAGAUGUGUCCCAGGCACUGCGGCCGAAAGCAUCCUUAUCCUCAGCAAGGACAGGGGGUCAUUGUUGCCGCUGGCACAGCAGGCUGGGCGGGCCAUUUCUGGGAACUACCUUUUUGAAGCCUGGAGAGAGGCUUUUGCAAGGUUGUGGUUUUUGCUUAAUCUUUGGGCUAUCCGUGAUGUGUAGGUGUGAGAAUGUUUUCCAGCACAGUGUCAUUCAAAUAUGAGACAGUCUUAAGUGGAAUGUUUCACAGUACCUGGAAAGUCAGAAAUAAUCCUUGAUGUAAACACACUCAGACUGAGAAUUGAGGCAAUGCAAUUUUAAGAAGGGCCUUUCCUUAAAUGUGGCUUCCUUAUUAUUCUUGCUGUUGACUUUCUAGCAGUGCCAUGGUAAGUGGGUAUUUCAGUGUUCUAGCCAGUUUCUGUCUGCAGUUCAGCUAGUAAGUUCUCACUGUUCAGAGGGAGCUGGUCUCUAUAUUUAGCCAAAAGCCUUUGUGUCUUUUCAGGUAUCAAACAUGUGUUUUAUUGUUGUUUUUGUCUUUGAGAGCAGCUGUUUGAGGUCCAGCUUCUUUAAGAGGCCAUCCUAGGAACUGGGCUUUGUAGUCUCCUGGGACUGGGUGCCAGUAGGACACCCCCUUCCCACCUCCACGCUGAGAGUAAGCAGGACCAGUUGUGAGGAGGUGUAGCAGGACUUAAGCUCCUGCCUCAGGUUUUAGUUUCCAAGUCAAUGUGCCCUGGGAUGUGCCCGCCCACGCUGUGGGCUGGUGCUAAGGUGCUACCUUCAGGAACAGGCCCACUGUGGCUGGUGUGCCCAGUGAAGGUGCACCUGGCUAGGGGCCACCCUGGUCGGGCAGUAGCUGUGAGAAAGCAGAGGUCCUGGAGAAAAUGGACUGGGGAUACUUUCUGGGAGGUUUUCCUCCUUGCAUGUUCCCUCUGCCAGCUGUCCAAAAGGUGGAAGAGGGAGUGCUCAGCCUGGUUCCACUUUGGGGACCCACUGCUCCCAGAGCAGCCCCCCUUUUUUAGCAAACACUUCCUUUUUGCUAGUGCCACUGUGGAAAGAGCUGCUCUAUCCUCUCCAGAGCCCCCAAGUCCUACAACCUCCUCCAGUUGCGCUGGCAAGUGCCUCUUCUGGCAAGGGCUGUCCCCCUGUUCUCUGAACCCUUGCCCCAUGCCCAGCCUGUGGCCCCUCAGGGCAGCCUGCUUGCCCAAGGGCAUGUGCCCAGGGUAGCUCCUCUGCCACAUCUGUUGGGAAUUGCCAACUUUUAAAUUGAUAAAGAGUUUUCAUGGGUUGAACCUCUGUUAAUACUUUUGUAUAUUUUCACUACAGUUUAUAUUUUUAUAGGCUAUUUUAUCAAGGUUUUUCUAGAUUUUGAACAACUAUUUUAUAUAACAAGUUCUUAUUUUGUGUGUAUUUAUGUAAACCACGUACAUCCUAUGCCCCUUUUUGCGCUAGCUUUGGCCUUCACUGACUGUUGUGGGCCCAGGUUUGCCCCCAGAUAGCGUGGGUGCCACCUGUGGCCAUGCUGACAGCUGUACAGUAGCAGCCAAGACUUGAUUGCUGGAGACGUCUGGUUUCAGCUACAUUAUACUGAUAUAGGAAGUACUCUAGACAGAUACCCAGUUGGGUUUUAACUAAAUGUUUGUAUUACUGCACAAAACCUACCCUUGCUUCGUAGUGUUGUCUUCCUGUGUGUUGCUGGGCUUCUAGGCAGCUGGGCCUGCCCCAGGAGGUCCUUGCAGGUGAGAGGCUGGACACAGGCUGGGUGUCCUACCACUGCUGGCCACUGGAAUAUUCUGAGUAGGCACUGCCAACAAUAUCCUGUAUCACAGCAGCGUGUAUGCUGGUCUUCUAGCAUAUUUUUGGAAUAUAAACUUUGGAAUUAUAAUACUACAGGAAGAAAUAAACUACUAAUUUGUAUAAUAUUCUGCCUUGAAGUGCAGUUAUAUGUGAUGGGGCUCACCCUAGGGCUUGGAGAGUGGGGCAGGUUUGGGAAUGGCUCUCUGUCCUUCCAGCCUAACGUUUCUAGGUGUCCCUGUCCUUGGUUUGCUCUGGAGUAAGUGGGACAGGAUGUCUUUGUCAGUAGUGGUAGCCCUGAGAGGCCCCAAGAGCCAGGACCAAACUGCACGUGAGGGCUGGGGACAAUGCAAUGGCAGAGGCAGGAGCCAGAGAUUCCCUGUGUCUGGAGAAGCCCCAGGCAGCCCCCCUUCCGCCAGCUGUGUCAUGCCCUGCCUGAGUCAUGGACUUGUUUGCCUCCUGCCUGGGCGGACAGCUCAGGCACAGCUGCCACUGGGGACACCCCCAGCCAUCACUGGAAAAAAACACAGGAUGAUUAAGACCAAAUGUCUUCCCACGGGGGGGCUGGGAGAAAGGGUCCAGCCAGGAUUCCCAGACAGUCAGAACAGGCCAGGACCUGGUAAGCUUUCUCCUCUAGGGACAAGGAUUCAGUGAGGCAUGGGCUUCCUGAGAUCACACAGUACAUUAGCAGUGGCAGAGCUGGGACAGGGACCCUAGGCCUGUCACUGUGCCAGCCCCUUAGCGAGUGUCAGGAGCAUGUAAACAGGCUUUGCUCCCAUUUGUAAGGGGCUGAUGCUGAGACUGGUUUUGACUAAGGCCUGGGUGGCCAUUACUUGCCGCAUGGGUCCCAUGGCCUCCUUGGGCCAGCCGGGCUGCCCCACACACAGACAGGACAAAUGCCCAAUGCUCGUCCUCCCUUCAGGUGCUGGUGCUUGGACUCACAUAAGCCCCCCAGUGGCUCACUUCUGAGUGACUUCUGACAGACUGCCCCCCAGAGCUCCAAACAGGAGAUUGGGGGCACAUGGCCUAGACUGGGCUUUCAUCACCAGGGCAUGUGCCUAUGCACCAGUCACAGAGCCUUGGACUUCUCAUCUGAAAGUGGAGUGUGUUGAUGCUUCACUGAGGGGUGUGUGAACUGGAGAGCAGUGGUCCCAUCAGCACCCCAUUAGUACAGGGCCCAUAGUCCCUCUGUCCCUCCUCUAGAUCCUGGACAGACACACAUUUUGAUGGGUCCUACCUCUGUACGGUUUUUUGGCCUCAGUCUCAAGGGGGUGGUUUUCAGUGCCUCCCUCACCCCCAGCAAUUGCCCCAGCCCCACGU